AUGGCAUUCCAACCAAACACCAACUUUAUUAACACCUUCAUCACUGAUUAUAAUAUUGUUAUUACCAAUAACAAUUCAGCUUCCAAUAACGAUAAAAAAACCAUUACCCUCGACCAUAUCAAAUGGUUUAAAAACAUUCCAAUUGUCGAACUUGCUCCGCCGACCGUAAUUACUUGCGCUGUAAUUGGAUGCGAAAGAAAAUUCAUCCACAACGAUAUUCACAUUUGCAGGAAAAAUUACAUCAACCACCUCCGCCUCAAUAAGAAUAAAGCAAUUAAGCGCAGAGAACUUGAAGCUCGUGAAUUAGCCCUAAUGAACAAAGAUGAAAAUACCAACCCAAACAAUAUUGCUGUUGAACAAAACACAACCACCGCUACUAAAAAGUUGGAUUAUUAUCAGAAACAGAAACUCUUGGCAGCAGAGAAAAAAAAGGAAAGGGAAGCUCUUGCGCUUAUUUUAGAGGAUGCCCACUUUGAUGCUCAUGCAGCUGAAAUGGCUACUCAUAACAUUACUUCUGAGUCAGCUAAGGAGAUUUCUGCCAACCACCGCAAGAACAAUGUGGAGAAAACUCGUGUCUCCUGGCAUAAGUCCAUGCUUAGAAGAAAAGCAAAGAAGAAUGCAGAUCUUCUUGCUCUUGGUAAUGAAGCUAUUGAGCAAUGGGUCAAUCAGGAGUAUGCCUUGAAGUUUGGGGGAACUGUCUGA